UUUUUUCAAGUGUAACGUUCCAAUAUAGUCUAGCAAAAUGUAGUUUCAAAUUCAAAAUUGCCACAAUGAUAAAGGAAAAGCUGAAAGGCAAGUUUUGGGACACUCUCCACUUUUUGUGCUACGACCCAAAACGAUUAGUUCGCGUGAUAGUGCUCAGUAUCUGCAGUGUGGUGGUAAUCUUCCAGCUCACAGAAUGCUUCCACAAGCUGAUUCAUCCACCUAUCAGCACCCACUCGCGGUUCGAGCUGAACGAUUCGAUGCAGUACCCGGCGAUCACGUUCUGUCGCAAUCCGCCGUACAAAUUUGACGUGAUGCAACGGUACAACCUGACCCAGCACCCAAAGUAUGCCAGUGCAUUCAACAAGUUCGACUUUAACGAAAGCACGCUGGAGGAGCUGUUCCACGAGGCGACCUACAGCAAGAGUGACUUUUUCAUCCAGUACGGACUGAAUGGAUUGGCGGAGAAUAUCGAAAUAACCAGUGGAAUGCACUUGGAUAUGGGGCAGUGCUUUACUAUGAAUCCGCUGGUAACAACGGAGCACUCGUGGAAGGCAGCUGGAUAUUCGAUUCUGUUGAUGCACGACACUAGGAAUGACGAGUACUUUCUUGGGGACGAUGUGCCAGGUUGGCAUGUGUUUAUACACGAUCAGUCGGAAGGGUUUGCAGAAAACCGCAUGCAAUCUUCCGGCCGCAUCGAGUACCUCUUCGUGGAGGUGGACGAAGAAGUUGAGGUAAAGCUGAGCACCCAGCACUUUUACAUGCUACCGAGUGCGGACAACCUUUGUACCACCGAAACGGACAUGAGUUCCACCCGGUGCAGUGAGCUGUGCCACUGGCACCGGGUGGUUGACAUUGUCGGGUGUACCGGUCCGUGGAUGCCGGACAUCGACGUGGACCAGUGUGACACGGCCAACGAAACGCAGCAGCUGAUCAAGCACUACAAGCUGCAGGCGGACCAGGACAGCGUCAUCUGCGGGUGCUUCCAGCCGUGCUCGACCACGAUCUACACGGCGUUCGUCAUGAAUCGGAAGAAAUUUAACAUUACCAUUCCUGCGGGUCAGAUUUGGUUGUACUACACGUCGAAAAUGGUCACGAUCGUGGAGGAGUUCCACGGAUACGAUCUGACCCAGUUUGUGGCCGAUUUGGGUGGUUCACUUGGGUUUCUGCUUGGGUUGUCCGUGCUCGGGUUGAUUGGACUGCUGGAAAAAAUCGUUGAAUUGUUGUUCAUUCGUAGGUUGAUUGCCGAGAAAGUUAGUAAACGGAAGCAGGACAAGGAGCAGCAAAAGGCGAACGAUCAAAAGGGGGAUGAGAUAAGUCAGAACUUCAGCAAUGAAUGUUCGGAUACAACCAGGGCCCCGGCGAUGGCCUGAUAUGAGCUACCGAACAACAUUGGCAAUAUGGCGUCGUUUGUUUACAAACAUGAGAUUAUUUGUGGACGAACCGAAAAAUUUACUUUUUUGUAAAACAUUCUAUAACCAUUGUGCAAUAAAAUUUAGUCUUACAAAACAGACAAAAUUUCGUUAAAUUCUAGACCAGAAUUUGUUGUAUUAUUAUUUUUCAAUUUAAACCGCUUUUAUCGCGAUUCUGAUCAAGAUUGCACAUCAAAUCAUCGUGCCUUUAGUGUAUCUUUAGUUUUCACAUCGAUUCGCUGUAGAUUCGUGUUUAAAUUUUAAAAUUUAGCAUAAAUUAAAAUAAGUUGCAAAAUUCCCAACUUCAGUCAUGUGCAACAAUUUCCACAUCACCCAUGCGGGAAACCGAUAAUGGGGUAAUUCAUGCGUUCCAAACUGUCAAAAUUCCAAAACGUCAUUGCUAAUCUUCGGUUCGCUGCUUUUGUUCGUGUUUGAAGUUUCGGGCCGA